AUGGAGGUCGUGUUUCUGCUCCUGGUCGUCUGUUGGUCUCCUGUUGUUGCUCAGGUUUCUGUCCCCCAGAGGGACGAGGUGAGGACAGAGACAGGGACGGAGGAAGGCGGGCGGGCGGACGUCCCCUCUGACCCGGUCGUCCUCUGGGAUGAGCUGCAGGGCCUGAAGGAUCUGGUCCUGAGCCUGAAGGCGGCGGAGGUGGGUCGGCGUCAGACUCUGCGGAGCGUGGAGAGCCGUCUGAGGGACAGGGAGAUGGAGGCGGAGCAGCAGAGACGCAGCGUGGACGGUCUGACGGAGACACUGAACCAGAACAGGAAAGAGCUCAGGAGCGCCACCCAGAGGGCGGAGGCAGACAGGAAGCUGGAGAUGGACGCCAACUCUGAGCUGAGCAGGAAGGUGGAGGAACUGGAGGAGCAAAACAAAGGUAGGAGAGAGGGGGCGGAGUCAAGUCUAAGAAAAACAGUCAUGUGA